AGAGACGAGAGACGCGCCGCAACUUGCUGCCUCUCCUCCCUCCUCUCCCUGGCCGCGCCGCUGCCCGGCCCCUGCGGGCUGCGCUCCGGGGGAGGCGGCAUCCAGGGACGCACCGCUCCGCGGGGCCGGCGCCUCCCGGUUGCUCUUCCAGAUGGCUGGCUCUCCUGCAGGAGUAAGCACCCCCAGGCAAGGGCACUCAGCUGCAACUCCUCAGUCUGAAAAGGGUCAUAAAUACAUGAGCCCAGAAGCUUUUGCUUCUUCACUGGGAGAGCCUGUAUGAAGACCUGUGUGGAUGAUAUUAAAAGAAACAGAAGGUGCAUGCAGCACAGAUGUCAGUCUUCAAGGAGUAACUUCUUCAACCCCAAGUGAUACCAGCUCCUGCUAGUACCAUGGGGCUAGAGGGUGUUUUUUUAGGCACUGGACAGAUCCACGUAAUCCUGUGGGGAAGUUUGGCAGCCAUGACAACACUCUUGUUCCUCACCUUCCUCAUCUUCCUUUGCUCCAGCUGCAAUGGGGAAAAGAAGGCCAAAAAUCAGAAUGGAGAUCAUGAAAAUCUGAUGAAUGUGCCUUCCGAGAAGGAGGUUUUCAGCCAUUCCAUCACAAGUUCGGUUACGGAGCCUCCCCCAAACAGUGAACAGAACGGAGCCCUCAGCAACGGUGAGGUUCUUUCUGAGGACAGUACAGCUGCCUGUAUCCAGCCUUAUGAAGAAGUACAGACAUCUGAUCUACUAGAUCAACAGGAUAGUCUUGGAAAGUCUAUAAAAUGUCACCAGAGCCGGGAACUACCCAGUAUUCCCCCUAACAACCCCAUGGAAACUAUAAUCUCAUCUAGAAAUACAGAAAAUGAUCAAGGUCUUGGAAUGGAAGGGCCUUAUGAAGUCUUGAAAGACAGCUCCUCUCAGGAGAACAUAGUUGAAGACUGCUUGUAUGAAACGGUGAAGGAAAUUAAAGAUGUUGGAGCAGUAGUCAGCAUGGAAGGGAACUCUAACAGCAAAUCAAAAGCUUCACUGACAUUUUCUGAAGGUCAGAAUCAGAUUCCUGAGUGCAGAAUUGAGUCAGCAGAAUAUGCAUCUGUUGACCGAAAUAAGAAGAGUCACCACAGUGCAAAUUCAGAAAGUCCUCUUGACAACAUACCAGAUGUAGAGGAUGAGCUUCCCCCUCCAGUACCCAUGAAACUUCUUGAUGAGAAUGAAAACGUGCAAGAAAAAGAAGUGGAAGAAGAAGUGACAGAAGGAGCGAGUAAACCAGAAAAGAGGCUUAGUUCAGUGUCUUACAAGUCUCGAGAGGAAGAUCCAUCUCUUACAGAAGAUGAGAUCUCAGCCAUGUACUCAUCGGUGAGUAAGCCGGGACAGGCCAUCAAGGCACUGGAUUCUCCUUACACCUGCAUUCAAGAAAUUGCAUCUCAGAGGUCCCCAUCUAUUUGCAGUGGCCUCUAUGCAAGUGUGAAGGACUUUGAAAACACCCUAAAUUCUACCACUGUGCCUCAGUCAGUGGACAGACCAAACGGGGAGCUGGAGCCGGACUAUGAAGCUAUCCAGUCAGUGAGCCAAGAGGAAGACAGGACCUUGUCCGUGCCUAACAUAAACCACACUGCUCCUUCAGGAGAGAACGACUACGAGAGCAUAGGGGACUUGCAGCACCACAGGGAAUUCACCAGGCUUUAACCACUCUGGCAGCAGAUUUCCCCGCUGUUAUUUUCAGAGGACAAGUGAAACGUGGAGAGGGAAGUGCUUUUCCUGUGGAACACAAGUUGUGAAGAAGCAAUGUACGUUUCAGCCAGGGUGUGAUACCUGCUGGUUUUUCUGGGUGGUGGAUCAAGGCUCAUGGGAAAGGGUACAUCAGGUCAGAAAGAUGACCAGGACAACGUAAAGGUUUCUUUAUUAUUAUUAGCUCCAAGGCAAACUUAAUUUGGGAAGGAGCACCAUGCUUGUUGUCCUGAUAGGAUUACGUACCAAAAAGACCACCUUUACACAAAACUAGCUUCUCAUUUUAAGAGAUUAUUUUAUGUAAUUUUCUUCAAAGUGUUUUUCAAGCAUAAUUUUUCAUUCAAGUUUUGGCAUCUGCAAUGUUGAGCAAACCACAGAUAAUUGUACCUCAACUCAGACUUACUUUGCAGGGCUGGGGAAGAUGCACUCACUUCUGUGUCUUUUGGGGAGCUCUGUCCACAUUCACUGCAACUAAAGUGCAAACAACAGUAGUUCACAAGGGACCGACUCCAAAUGUAUUUGAAUAAAUUCUGCUGGCUUUUUCUUUUUUCUUUUCUUUUCUUUUUUUAAUGUCAAGGGCUGUAGAAUGUGACUUGCUGUAUUUGAGAUGUAUACUGGUAUUUGUAGGGGUUUUGUUUGAUUAUUUGUGAAAUCCCCCUUUAAAAUGGCAAUGGUCACCCUUCACAUUCUUGCACUGUUUCCCUCAAAUGGACAUAAACACUUACACAUACACACCCAAGACUAUUGUCACGUUGCAAAAAUUGUGCAAAUUAAUGCAUUGGCAUAAUGUGUAGUCUAACCUUAGUAGUGUUGAGUACUUUUUUUUGCAGAAUUUUGCCCUUUUUAAAGACUUAAAUAUUUUAAUAUUUGUCUAGUUUCUUAUAUAGGAAAAAUUAUGUACUGUAUUGAGUGAGUAAUACGUUUAUUUUUUACAAUAUAUUUUUCAUCUUCAAAGUUUUUGUAGAUUAACUUACUGGGGUUUGUAAGAGGAGGAAUCCCAUUCUUUAUUUGGGCUUUAUUUGUUUGGGGUUUUUUUUCUCCUAUUUCAAAAGUAGAUAAAUGAAAAUUGCUUUGGGGUUGUUUUGUUGGCUUUUUCUGUCUCCUUGGGCAGGGAAAUGGAUCAUGCCUUGCUGUUUUUAAGCUAAAAUCAUGGAGUCUAUGUAAAAGAACACUGCCAAAGGGCAAAAAAGAGGCAAGAGACAGUGAGAUUUAGUCAGGCAUAGCCACUGGUCCUCUCUGUUCUUCUGCUAAAAGGAGCAGGAGGGCAACCAAGACCUACUUGGGCCUCUGACAAACAGUUUGAAAGCCACUAGCUUUUCAAAACUGCUGUGUUAUUCUGUUACUGUGAAAAACGAAGUGCAGUGCUUGGAUGAAAUAAGCAGGUACUGGAUUGGUACCUUUUUCCUUCAAGAAUAAUACAAUAAAUAGUACAAUGGUACAAGAAUAGUCCAACAGUAACGAACUAGCAUUGUGUGACAUGCAUGUGCACAUAUCCCCAUGUAUAUAAGCAUACACUUGUAAUUUGGACACAAGUAUAAGUUAUAGUCCAAGCUUGGCAACAUUCACAUACGUAAUAUCUGGCAUGUGCUUGAAGAGCAGUUUAUUUUUAAUUCAAAAUAAACAGUACAUAAACUGA